CUUCAGCAAUACCACAACCACAACCACAACCACAACCACCAAUCCCCAUUCCACCCCAAUCAAAAUGUCCCGCCAACUCAUCUCCAGCGAGAAGUUCCCCCCCAAGCCUCACAACUGCCCAGCCGUAAAAGUCCCCGGCCUCGUCUUCUGUGCCGGCCAAACCGCCACCGGCGAGAUCAAGCAAGCCACACGAACCGUGCUCCAAAACCUCAAAGAAGUGCUCGAACUAUCCGGCUCCUCCCUGGAGCAAGUGGUCAAGUACAACGUCUACCUGGCGGACAUGAAGGACUUUGCGGCGAUGAACGAGGCGUACAUUGACUUCCUUCCGAAGCCGAUGCCCUCGCGGUCGUGUCUGCAGGCGGUCGCGCCGGGGGCGGGGACGGUGAUUGAGAUUGAGUGUAUUGCGCAGGUUUGA